UACAGUUUCGAUGGGAUGGUGAGGAAAAACUCGCUUUACAGAUCAUUCGCGAUGUGGAUUGCAAGCCUUCUACUAGUGAUCUUACUGUCAGUGGAAUUCGUUUACUGUGAUUUCCCAUGCAAUGGCUGUGCAUGUGUCAGCAAGAACACAUCCUGCGCCUGCGAGAAACACCCAACUGAAAAUGGUAUUAUCGUGGACUGCUCAUUCACCAACGUAACAUAUGUGCCGACGCAGAUACCAGCUAAUAUUACCCUGGUCCUAAAUAUGUCAUCCACAAGACUCGAAGACUUGGUGACUUAUACAAGCACGCCAUUUGAAAACUAUGCGUUACUCAGAGUAUUAGAUCUGUUCAACACAACAUUGGGAACAAAGAACGCUACAAUUCAAAACACAACUUUCACAGGACUAGACAAGCUACGGUAUUUAAAUAUAUCAAACAACGACCAGAUGGCAUUGACCUAUAACACAAGCGAGAACUUGUUUGGAAAUUUAAAUUCACUCAAAGAAUUGAGAAUGUACGCAACAACGGGAACGUACAAUCGUGGAAAGGGUUACCCUGAGAUGGCCAUAUGGAAGCUUCGAUACAGUUUGGAAGAACUCUGGCUUGAUGGUAUGACAGAUAUUUCAUUUGGUCCUGUGUUUCAAGAGAUGUCAAAGCUUAAUACGGUGCGAAUAUCGGGCGAUAUGGUUCUACCGCCGUGGCGAUACUUGGAGUUUUGUGAAACAAACAUAACGAAUAAGUCAUUUGAAAAUUUGAUUUACGUGACACACUUGUCGGUUUUAAAAUGUGGCGUAAAAGAUAUUGCAGCAGACGCUUUUGUAAACAUGACGCAUUUGGUUUAUCUAGAUUUGUCUGAAAAUUUUGAAUUAGGAAUGGAUGGUCUGACAAAGGCGGCGAGCAGUUUGAACAAAAAAAUGGAGACAAUAAUCAUGAACCACGUUGUAAAUGGUCAGUUUCUGAGCUGUGGCACCACCAUUACCUCAAAAAUCGUAACUCCAUUUGAACAUCUAACAAAUUUGAAAUACCUUUCACUGCAAUAUAAUGCAGUGAACAACGUUGAAAAGGAAGUGUUCAAACUUUUGCCGUCAGUUGAGGAAAUUAAUAUUUCAAGAAAUGAGUUUGAACUUGGAUUUUACAUUUUUUACGUUUACUUCAUGAAAAAUUUAAAGAAGCUCGACGUAUCUUUUAACUUUUUCAAUGAUGAUAUAGGAAUAUGGAGUUCGUUAAGUCCGAAGAAGCAUGUUCGCACCAAUGGCCUGCUCCACAAUGCGCGCAUGACAACGACGGAAGCACAUGCGUCCUCACGCAACAAUUUGACAUACCUAACGUCUACUGCAGCUGAACAUGAAACCUUUGCAGACAUGCAGGUGCAUAUGAAUAAUUACAGACAUCACGUUCCAGUACCGAACACCUGCCCGACUCCAGAAUAUUUCAUUCCUAGAUGUUCGGUCACUGGUUUUCUCCCACCGAAAAUGGAGGAAAUAGAUAUAAGUUACAGUAAAAUUGGAUACCCUAUUUUUGAAUUAUGUUUUGACCCAAAUAAUAAGUUGAAAACUAUAUCCGCGGCGUGCUCGUUGCUGUUUUGUUGGGAGGGACCAACCCAUGGUUUGGAAAAAGUUGAAAAUAUUGACCUUAGCCUUAAUUUUGCAACGCAAGUGAAUGUACAUUUCUUUGAUGGUUUUCCGAAUCUUAAAAGAUUGAAUCUUCAUGGCAACCUCUUGUUCAAUCCGAUUCAGAAGAAUGGUUCGCGCUUAUUUGCAAACAACACACAUUUGAAGGACUUGGACAUAUCAUUCAAUAGAAUUGAAAGUGUGCAACCUGACCUACUCCAACACCAAAAAGACCUGGAAGUUUUCAAUAUGUCCUUCAAUAUAUUUACAUCUUUUGGUCUGAAUAUCUCGCACUUGAAACACUUGCGAAUGCUCGACAUGAGCAACAACCACAUAUGGACUCUCCCACAGAGUGUAAGAAACGCACUGAAGAGUAUUUCAAUGACAAGCUCUAGGGGCAGGAAUCGGAUGCAAGUGAACAUGACAAACAACCACAUCAAAUGCACAUGUGCUAAUCUUGAUUUUUUAAAAUGGGUUUUAGAGCAUAUGGGUUCAUGUAGCUAUCUGUACGUGAAUAUUACUGAGUGCAACUUUUUUCACAACGACAACAUGACGAAAGAAGUAAUAAAUUCUAAGAAUGAUCUGGAAGAGAAAAUUAUAUAUCUUGAUAAGCAAUGUAAAUCAUACCUUGAUGUCAUAAUAGUCAGCGCAAUACUUUUGGUUAUUGUAAUUGUAAUAGUUGUCGGCGUGUUAGUUCAUAGGUUCAGAUGGAAAAUAAGCUACUGGUACUAUGUGACUUCUCGAAAAAUAGUCAAACGAGCUGGCUAUACGUCCAUUGACAGCAUUGCUGAAGAGGCGAACAAGUUCCGAUACCAUGUGUACGUGGCAUCCAAUGCAGAGGCCAACACUUUUGUAAGCGAGACCCUAGAGCCCCAUCUCACAAGAGAUGGCUAUAAAUUGUUCCUCCCCGACUAUAUUGUGCCGGGGCAAAACAAGUACAGUUUAAUUGCGAAUGCUAUACAUAUAAGCAGAGCGGCGCUGUUUGUUAUAACCAAAGGGUGCGAAUCUGAAGACGAAUGGAAGAUUGCCCUACAUAUGGCACAGGAAGAGUCUUUGAGACGGGGAAAACCAAUAUUCUUUGGACUUUUCUUGCAGUCCACGCCGGAUUCUGGCUGGUCAAAGGACACGUUGGAAAUCAAAAGGAGGUGCUAUCUGGACUUUCCGGAAAGGGGCGAAAGUCAGGAAAUGAUUGCCUUUUGGAGAGAACUGAUUGACAUUAUUGAAAAAAUAGACGACACACCGAUUGCUGUAAACCAAAGUUUAUUCAACAGAAACACUUCUUCCAACAAUAGAUAUACAUGCAUUAAUUAGGCACACAAAAGACAACUUCCCGUUCGCAUAAAUAACACGCACACACAAUGGGAUUGUGGCCUCAUUAUACUCAAUGUCGCUUGUUCAUACUUUGAGGUAAUUAAAAUUCAUCAUUGACAGGCAAUCAUUUGACAUAAUGUGAAAGUCAUUCAUAAGACACACUUUGGAAUGUGGCGAUGUUGUCUGGGGACGAUGCUGUCAGGGGACGUCCAGCCCUACUAAAUGAAACUUUAUUUGAGAAAGUCCAGCUUGAUGCACACAUAAUUUUCACUGGAGGAACUCAACUUGCUUCGGAGGUUUGGACUUUGAAAUACUGAAGUCACGACGAGAACCAUGUGUAACAAGAAGACAAGAAUAAUCUAUCAAAUCUCGUCCAAGACAAAGUGUAUUAUUAUACAUUCUAUGUAACUCUACUACUAUAAGGAAUUACUUAUACUGGACAAAAAAAAUGCAAACUCAUCCAUACCUUCAACCAUUUCACCAGUUGGAUCCGAAUUGAUUUCAAUUUUCAUAGGCUAAAAUAUUUACAACAAAUAAUGGAAUUUCACAAUUUCUGUAAUGCCUUCUUCAGUUUGAUUUACUUUUGUUAAUACUGUAAACAUCAUUUAUUGAAAUAUAUUACAACAAGGGAGUGGUUUUAAAAUGAGAUGUAAGCUAUCUCCUCUAUCCUUAUGAUGACACAGUGGAAACUCGCUAUGUCGAACUCUGUUAUCUCGAUGUUCUGGUUUUGUCAAACUUUUUUCUAAUAUUUUGGGCUCAGUCAUACACUGAUUGUAUUUCUGUUAUAUCGAGUGCUCGUUACCUCGAAGGUAUUAUCGAGGCCCCAACGACUUCGAAAUAGCGAGUUCCUACUGUAUAUGUAUACUUUGUGUUGUUCCAAUGUAUCUUCAUGACAUAAAUAAUGCUUAAACUAAUGUCUUUAAUGUAAAUAUGUGAAUAUAUGCAAAUCAAAAUAA